AUGAUCACCUUGACCCAACCCAAAAUCUCCCCCUUGCCCAACAACAUCAACCUAACCGGCAAAACCGCCAUCAUCACCGGCGCCAGCGCCGGCAUAGGGCUAGAACUAACGAAACAACUCCUCCAACUCCGCAUCUCAACCAUCAUUCUCGCCGUCCGAAACAUCACCAAAGGCGAGGCCUGUGUUCAAUCCCUCCGUCAAGACCCCAUCAUCAAAACCCACAACCCCAAUGCUGUCAUCAAGGUCCUGGAACUCGACAUGGAUCGAUAUGAUAGCGUGCAGGGGUUCGCGAAACAAGCCCAAGGCCAGAUUCCAUCGGUCGAUUUCCUCAUCCUGAACGCCGGGACGGGUCUCAUCACCCUGGAACGCAGUCCAAGCGGUCAUGAGCGAACUGUUCAGGUGAACUAUUACUCCAAUGUGUUGCUGAUUGCGGAACUCUUGCCAUUGCUUCAUGCUGGUGCGGAGAAGAAUAGUGUUCCGGGAAGGAUUACGUGGGUGGGUAGUCGGAGGCAUUUGGUCUCCAGUUUGGAGAAGAAGGCUUUCAUGGUGACGGAGGAUAGCGUGUUGGAGUAUGUGGAUAGUGAGGAGGGGUUUAUUCCGUUCUCGCGGUACGGGGACUCGAAGCUGCUUUGUGUGUUGUUUAUGUAUGCGUUGGCGGAGAAGUUGGAUUCGAACAAGGUGGUGAUUAAUAUGAUGUGUCCUGGGAUGGUGAAUACGGGGAUGAGUGAUGUGCUGCCGUUGUAUAUACGGUUUUUUUUUAACGUGUUGAAGGCGAUUAAGGCGAGGAGUGUGAAGACAGCAGGGUGGAUUGUUUUGCAUAGUGCGCUUGUUGCGGGGCCGGAGUCGCAUGGCAGGUUCUUGAACGACAAGACGGUUGCUGAGAAAGCACCUUAUAUUAUGUCGCCAGAGGGCCAGGAGGUUCAGAGAAAGGUGUGGGACGAGACGAUGGUGGAAAUGAGCAAGUUGACAACCCUUCCAGCGGAGUUUCGUUGA